GUUAACACUGGUUAAGUCUUGCCCUCACAACAUGACGCUCUCGCGGGCUUCCUGUGAUUUCCGGGCGGUGUUUGGUCCUGCGAACUGUUGCACGACAUCAUACAAAUGGGCUUCACCUGAACUGAAGUCAGGCCACAUUUGGCUGUCAGUCAUCUCCAUUCAAAAACAUGGCCGACAGUUUUUACAAAUUGGAAGAUGAAUCCCUCCCCAGCUUCCUCUGCAAGUCUCUGGACAGCACCAGUGGCCGUGCCACACUAGGGAAUGUGACAUUGGGUUCAGGCCCAGGACUGCCAGUGGCUGCCUCAACAGUAGCAAAAAUUAGACCCCGUUCUGACAACAGAGAAGACCCUGGUGAGGUGUCCUAUCUUGAGGGCAAAGAGCUGCAGCAGGCCAACUCACAGUCAUCAGUUGGAGAAGAGCCCAAGUUUGCCCUCAGCUUUAAGGAUGACUUGGACAAAGCAGAUGACUUCAUUGCAGCCCACCGUUUUUCAGACAUGCUGGUGAAGAUUAAUCUGAAUGAGAGCAUAUCUCGAAACCAAGGCUCCGUAGUUCCGCUGCCUCCCACACAGAUUGGCUCAGUCCAUGGCUGGCCCACAGAACUUGGAACAGAUUUGUCAACAGGGCUUCUGGCAUUUGCCCAGUCUGGACAUAAAGAUGGUAUAGAAGCAAAGUCCCUACAGGCUCAGGCCUUACCAGCUACAGUUGGGGAGUACAAUGUGCAGAGUGAGGGAAUGGACAGUGACCAUUUCAGUGGCAGUAACUCAAGCUUCCUGGCAAAUGAGAAGCUCAUGUCUGUGGACAGCAUGAACAGUGAUAUCACAGAUGACGACACUGAUUUGAACAACUUGCCUGAUGAUGAACUGGAGCUGUACUUCAAUAAGCUGGUUCCUCCUGCCAUGCAGAGAGGCAGAGUGGAAGGCCAGGAGAUUCCUUCAACAGAUCUGCCUGGUCCUGCUGAGUCUGCAGAGACAGAACAGUACAGACAUCAGUUGCUCAAUGACUGUGAUCAGGAGGACUUCAGGAUGCCUGAUGUGCGUCUGGCUGCUACAGGUAUGGACUCCUGUCCUGCCAGUGAUGAGGACACAGAGGACGAGUUGGAGUCUGCCAGAAGAAACACCAAUGCCACCAGGACACGGCUGCUGCCAAGCACUUCCAGACAAUUGGUUGGAGAGAGUAAUCGUCCCAGUUUCAGGCCGGGUUUAGAGGGAGGCAGUUCUGAUGAUGAAUCUUUCAGUGGCCGCAGCGGUCCAUCAGUGUCAGGGAUCGAAUACAGACGAUCUGCUGAGGGACAAGUCAUCAACCCUCCUGUCACAGGGGAUGGAGGAGGCGGGGAUGGGAGCAGUGGGAGCGAGGAAAGCGGAAAUUAUGGGGGGGGUUCGACCAUCCCUCUUCCAGUGACUAAUGUCCAGACCACCUAUGACGUUCUGCGUGGGCUAGGGAUUGUGGGUAGCAGUACUGUUGGUGAAGAUGAAGAUGGUGAUCUGAGUAAUCUGGCAGGGCAUGGAAGGAACAGCCUUUCCAGACAUACUGAGAUGGGUGACCGUGUGGGUCCUGUAGGAACAGGGGAGGCCAGCUCCUCCCUGGACGCAUCAUUAGCAAAUCAGAGACUUUUUCCGGCGAACUGGAGCAGGGUGGUGGACCGACAGGAGGCACUGGAUGCCAUGGAAAGCACAGAGCCUGGGCCCACUGUUGACCGACUGCUGGACUCCGUCUACUUGAGGAGUGGAGCUGGACUCCGAAGACCUCAGGACUUAGCAAACCUAACUGUCUCCCACCUUCAAGGCACCCUGGGGAGCUUCCACCUCUCCCAGGUGCUUCUCCCAGAAUGUGAUAAGGAUGAUGAUGAUGAUGAUCACAGUGGAGUAGAUGAACCUGAUGGUGCCAGGCCCUCCUUGGGCUUAAGAGGGGGACCCUGUGGUGAUGUGAAUGCUGCCUCAUGCAGUACCAGUGAGGAUGAAAAAAAUCCUCUUUCCCCCUCCCUGGAACCCAAAUAUUUCUCCCAGAGCUUCCAACAGGAACAAGAAGAUUCAGAUGAUAUGUGGAACCAUUGCCCAGACAACCUGGAGCUGGAGUUUCAACAAGAUGCCAGUGCCACUCAUAAUGUGGUAUACCAGAAUGAAGAAGGGCAAUGGGUGACUGACCUGGCAUAUUACUCCUCCUUUGAGAAAGAGGUUGAUGGGAAGGCAUCAGAGAAUGCUGACCAGUUUCAAAGUGAGGACUUUGAUAAUGCUGGUGAUGCUUUGGAGAAGAUAGUGAAAGAUCAAGAGGAGUUUGAAAAAGAGCACCGGUUCAUGCAGGAGGAAAAGAUUGAACCAAUCAGCAGCAACAGCACCUUCCAGAGUGACUCAUCUUGGAAGGGCCCUACCAACAGCCACAUCCUGAUGAGGGCUUCCCAGGUCUCCUCUGAGUUUCAGCGGGGGGACCAAAGCUACUUGCGACUCUCUUUAGGGCAGUUUUUUGGCCAACGCUCUGAAGCCCUGGGCUGUUUGGGCAGCACUAGUGAUGUGGAUGGAGUUAAACGGCCAUCUUUUGGCUACAUCAUCACCUCUCCAGAGAAGAGGGAACCAUUUCCCCUGAUUCACCCCUCAGAGUUCUCAGCAGGAGUCGAAUCUCCUCACAGUGACACCAUGGAACUCAGUGAAGCAGAUCAAACACUCAACCCAGAGGACUUAGACAAAACUUUUGAGGCACCAGGUGAAAGGAUGUCACCAAAAGGUGAUCUCGAUCCAGAACGCAGUGUACAGCAGGACCAUACUGUGAGUGCUGCACUGCCUGACCACAGUGAGGGCUCUGGCUCUGAGUCAAGCUUGGGUGACCAAACCUGUCCCCCCACAGAUAAUAACAGCAGUCACCUAAUGCUGAGUAUCAGUACAAUUGCUUCAGCCAUUGCUGAUGCAUCCAUCAGCAAUGACCCAUCGCAGCUGGCUGCCAUGAUCAUGGAGCUCUCCAAAAGGAGUAAGGCAAGGAAUGAGCCCAUAUCUGCAGGACCUGUUGGACCUAUCAUUAGCAGCACAGAGGGACCACACUCAACUGAACAUAUCCUCUCUGAGCCAGAUCAGAGCGUCAUGUUGGACACACUGCAGAGAAGCACCUAUGGUGGAGAGCUGAGUGCCUUUGACAUGGAGAAAUACCUGAAAAAGACUGAUGAGUGUAGCACCAGUGAUGCCUCUGUGGCACACACUACCUUUGACCUGACCAGCUGGGUUGACAACCUCAGCAAGAACCCUCAGACAGGAUACCCUGAGGAACAGAGAAGCUCAUCUCAGAAAGCAGACAGUGAUAUUCAAAGGAUGCCCACAAGUACAAAAAUUGAGAAGAGAGACAGGAGAGGAAAAACAACAUUAAACACUAGCACAUCUGGAGUUUCCCUUUCAAAUGCAUUAUCACCAGGUAAACAAGGUGAAUCAAAAAGAAGCUCAAUUCCUUGUCCUCGUACAUCUCUCAGCUCUUCCAGAAGGUCUGCGGGAUCAGGGCAGUCCUCCACACUCAAGCCUCCUGCAGACAAACUGACAGCUUGUGGUAGCACCACUUCUUCCACCACUGAGACAUGUGGUUCCACAGACAGGACCCCCAGAGAAAAUGGUGUCAAACCGGAAGAACUAAACUCACAAACAUCCAACAACACUAGGACUUCUUUAGAACCACUUAAAAAGAGUGACAAAAUCUCUGCUGCCUCACCCAGCUUGCCCAGACCCUCCCCAGGCUGGAGGAAAGGACAGUCAGGUUUGCCUUGCCUUAAAGGUUACUCUCCCUCAACUCAGACUGUGAGGAGUGCAGGCCAGCAGCAGCAGGAUAGACCAAGUAUUUCUCUGGAGAAGAAACCUCCACCCUGGAGCACCACAGCUGCUCCACUACCUUGUAGCUCUGUGGAAAAGCACAUGGGCUCCUCUUCCCAAAACAUCCAGCCUCCACUAGACCCUGCACCUGAACUCCCAAAGGGUUUUUCAGAGCUCUGUUUGGAGCAGACGCAGUGUAAUUUCAGACCGUCCACCUCUCCACUCACCCACUCUUCUCCAAGUCAGACCUCUGUUCCCAGUGCUGAUGGUAUGGUGUCACCAUCUUCGUCUAGUGGAGGUCUGACAGACAAACGUCCAUGCCUUGACCUGUCUCCUCAGUCUCCCUGCUCCAGCCCUAGUCUCAGCAGGCUCACAUACAUCUCAAUGAAUGAUGGCACUGUCAUACCUACACCUGAGAGGCAAAAGAACAAUUGUACCAUGACACUGAGCACCACCAUCAUCAGAUUCAGUCCAACUCCACCUGUGGAACCAGAUGCUAGCCUUGAUGUUCCUUGCCUGCCUAAAAGCCUGGACCAGGUGCAGCCACAGCAUUCUAAAAGUCUGGACCCACUACCAGUUCAGCAGUGUAAAAGCCCAGAGCCUUCACGUAGUGGUUCUGCUCUGAGCUGUACUCGCAGUCAGAGUGAGUGUAACUACCACUGUCCUGGGGACAGGACUAGUGAUCUUUCAGCAGGUUGCAGGAGCCACAAACACCUCUCUGAAUCCAAUGUAAGGCAGCUCACUAAAGUGGACUCAGGCUAUUGCAGCAAUCUGAACAUUCAACAAACUAAAAACACCACAGCUCCUCAGAGUUCCCAGCAAUGGGGGGGUGUUAGCUCAGUCUCGUCGUCUGUGUAUGCUGGUGGCCUUAGUAUGCCUCCAUCCUACUCAUCAGAUGGCCUUCACUAUGUGCCCAUCCCCAGCUUUAAGCCCCAGUGUGCUGGCUUGGUUGACCUUCCCCACCAAGGCGAUACGCAGUCUCUCACUGGACACUCUCUCUACAACUCCCAGCUUGCUCACCAGUAUUUGGGAUCUGAAGUUCCAUUACAUCCCAGUGCUUAUCACAUGAGGACAACAGGAAAUGGUCUCUAUGGUGUGUCCUCUACAGGCACAUCCAACAGUGAUCUAACAGUGAGACACAUCCAUCCUCCACCAGGGCCUCUUGGAAUUUCUGGGCCUAGUGGCUCUCAUCACCUUCUCAGACCCCAUCAGAUCCAACAGGACAUAGGAAUAACAGGGAAAUCCUAUAAUCAGUAUGAUGUGGAGCCACAGGUGACAGGUGGUCUUGAUGAACUGAGAGGCAGUGGUCUUGGCCAAGUGGUGGUACCAGCAGAGCUGCGGUUUCCUCAUGCCUGCUGUGUAGGCAUUGCUUCACAGAUCUCCCUCAGCCUCUUCAACCCCUCUGAGAGGUGGCAGCAAGUGUCAAUCACUGUCACCAGCCUGGCUAUUGAUGGAGAGAAGGUGGAAAGCUUUCCUUAUCAGUGGUUGGUAGUUAAGAACAAGUCAAUCAUUGGGCCGAAGAGUACAGAGGAGCAGAAGAUAUUGUUCAUACCUCCACAGGCUGGUGUCUACCAAUGUGUCCUUGGUGUUUGCUCCUGGCCUGCAUCUGCUGAGACAGAGAUGGCUGCCAGGGCUAAUAUCUUUGCUAAAAGGGUGGUGUUGGUUGCCAUAGCAGAAAAUCCUGCACUAGAGGUUGAAGUAAGCAAGUCUGGCUGUUUGGAUUUUGGAGACCUUCCAGGAGGCAGUGCUAAAUCUCUUCCUCUCGAAGUCCUCAACAGGACUCAUGCCACAGUACCCAUUCGUCUGGUCAUCAGUGCAAAUGCUACAGCAUGGCGAUGCUUUACCUUUUCCAAGCACCCUGCUACCAUGACAUCUGAAGCAACACAUCAGGAUGGACACAUGACCCCAAUAUCCUCUCCCUCAGUGAUGAAUCACGUGAUGCAUGCCAGCUUCGGAGAGAAUCCAGUAAGCUUCAUGGUCUGGGUACAUUUCAAAGCCCCUCAGAAGUACACUUUUUCAGGAGAGCUUGGUCCAGCUGAUGAGUACAUUGCUCGAGUGGACAUUGAACUGGACUCUCCUGGUCCAAGUCAUGUAAUCUGGAGUAUUCCCCUCAGGGCCAGGUCUGGAACUGCAAGGGUCCAUGCUCCUAAAGACCUGCAGACUGUCAGCCUGUCUGCUCCACUGGGUAAAUCUAGUCAGCAGACGCUGCCAUUAAAGAAUGCUGGAAACAUUGACGUACAGCUGAAACUCAAGAGCAAUGAUGCUGUGGACAGUUUCUCUGUGACACCUGAUGAACUGUUCCUGAGAGUAGGAGAGGAGCAAGGGAUCAUUGUUUCCUUCAAAGCACAGGGCAACAGGAAAUACAGAGAAAGCCUUCUUACCAUCUUGGUGUUGCCAUCAGGCCCUCAGUAUGAGGUAACCCUGAAAGGAGAAGUUGUACCAGAGGACUCUGGAAAACCUGCCAUUCCCUCUGCUGUCUUUGGCCCUGGUCUGGCCAAAGACAUUCCACCAAUUCUCUCUAAUAAACAGUUCAUAGCUUGGGGAGGUGUUACUCUGGGACGAGCUGUUCAACAGAAGCUGGUUCUAAGGAACAACUCUACCAGUACCACGCAGCAGCUACGGCUGCUCAUUCGUGGUCAAGAUCAGGACUGUUUUCAGCUCCAGAGUAUGUUCAGUCCAGAGGAGCGUCUGACGCGACAUGGGGAGCUGUCCAUCCGUCCCAAAGAGGAUGUGGCUGUCCACCUGCUCUUUGCUCCCACCAGGGUGGCCUCCAUGUUGGCCAAGCUGGAGAUCAAGCAAUCUGGAAUCCGGCCUUCACAGCCAGGGGUCAAAUUUACUAUUCCACUGUCAGGCUAUGGUGGGACCAGCAACAUCAUCCUGGAGGACCAGAGGAAACAGGCAGACAGCUAUGUGGCAACACUGACUGACAUUGCUGUUGGUCACGUCAGCAAAGUGUGUCUGUGUGUGAGGAACACCGGCUCCAGAGCAGCCUUUAUCAAAGCUGUGUCCUUUUCUGAUGUGCAGACACGAUCGGUUUUAGAGCCGUCUGUCAUCAGCCUCGCCCCAUCACAGUUUGUGCUGAAGGAAAGGACGCAAGAGGUGAUAACUGUGCUCAUGAAGUCCUCCCACAGAGAACAGAGCUUGUGUCAAUCAGGCAAUGCACUGCUGGCUACUGUCUGUCUGUUCUGUGGAGAUGAGGUCUCCAGGCAACAGUAUAGGAGAUUGCUUCAGAGCAAACCAGAGGCUGCACGGAAGGCUCUGUCUGACAACAGUUUGCUGAAAAACAUAGACUUCAAUGAGAAGUUCCUGGGAGAAGAAGAUGUUACAGAGGUUUGUGACCUGCCCCACCGGCCCAAUGAGGCCCACAUCUUCUAUGGCAACAUGAGUAAGGUGGUGGUGUCAUUGCUGGGAAGUACAAAGAGCACAGACUGUGAGGAGAGAGACCAUACUGAGCUGCAGCUGCCCUCUGCCAGACAUGGUUCAGAGACAGACAGUGGUAUGGAAAAUGGCAGUGUGUCUUUGGAUGUGCUGCCAGUCAAGGGUCCCCAGGGUCCAGCACUAAGAGUGACGGAGCCCUCCUUAAAGGCUUCAGAGCCAUUGCACAGGCAAUCUGAGUCCUGGACUGUCCAUCCAGAACAGCUUGUUCUCUCAUCUCCUACCAUCAAUGGCGCAACCACCACCAAUCAGAUUCAAAUCAGGAACAAUACAUCCAGAGAGCUGAGCUUUGAUUUGUCCUGGCCCGCUCACUGCCUUACCAUCACCCCUCAGCAUGGAGUUAUUGAACCUCAGUGCCACCUGCAAAUUUUGAUCAGCCCCAACCCCUCACUAGCUACUAAAUCUGCCCUGCUGCCAUGGAGUGGACAGAUUUAUGUCCAGUGUGAUGGUCAACAGAAGUUUAUUAAGGUCCAGAUUCGUCAGGACCUUGCUCUGGAUGUGUCUGCAGCCCCAGCAGACACAACGCUGUCAGCCCUGCCUCCUCAUGCUGCCACCCCUGUGCUGCCUGUGGCCAAGCACACCACCAAGCCCUCACUCCCCCUGCAGACACCACAGACACCUCAGCCCCUUGUGGAAAUCAGCAACAAGACCAUUAUCUUCCCCACCACUCCCUCAGGGGAAACAUCAGAGGCCCAGCUGAAGGUGCAGAAUAGGGAUGUGGAAGUGAGGUGGUACCUGUCAUCAUUUGCCCCUCCAUAUGUCAAGGGGGUUGACCACACUGGAGAUGUUUACCGGGCCACCUACACUGCUUUUAGAUGCUCCAGGGUCUCAGGAACUCUAGGAGCCCACGAGAAGAUGCAGGUGCCAAUUACUUUCCUGCCCAGGGACAGAGGGGAUUAUGCCCAGUUCUGGGAUUUGGAGUGCCACCCAGUGACUGAGCCCCAGCAGAAAACCAGAACCCGCUUUCAACUCUGUGGCACUGGAAUAAAGUCAGGACGAGUGGAAGGACCACAGGAAGGAGACAGCUCUCUGGUGAAAACAGAGCCCACAGUCAAGACCAGAAAGAGAUCUGAUGCCUCUGCAAGCAAAACCAGCCAGGAGGAGGCUGUGUGGAGGGGUGUGUAUUCUCCACAGGAUCUGUACACCUUCCCAGGCACACGGGUGGGUGAGUCCAGCACUCUGAAGGUCAGCAUUCGCAACAACUCAUCCAACACGCAUGAGCUGAAAUUUGUAAACCCUAAGGAACCCUUCCACAUCAAGCAUUCCAAAUAUUCCUUGAGAUCACAGCACUAUCUUAAGCUCCCCGUCCAGUUCAAGCCCACUACUGCAGGCAGACACACUGGCUUGCUGCUCAUCCAGUCAGAAACAAGUGGAAGUCUUGUUAUUCAGCUGAUCGGUGAGGCAUUGCCUUGAAUUCACCAUCUACAUCCUACGCCACCUCCUCAUGCUGUGACUGGCUGGCUUUGGGUGGAUGCUCUUCUCUGUACUAUUCAUCACGGCACAGAGGGGAGUAACAGAGGAAAAGGAAAAACGGCAACAAGCUAAGGAUCAAAUAAAAGCAAUCCUGGAUUGAAAUCAUUCCUUGUCAUCAUAUUUGGAGAUAUAGACUGUAGCUGAUUAACUGGAGAUGACUGAGAAUCUACUGCCAACAUAGCCCCACCUCCCUCUGGAUAAGACACAGGUGUCUUCAACUGACCCAUGAAAAUUGAUUGUGUCUAAAGCUGAAUGAUUUUGUCUGACUGGCUCACAAUAAGUUUCCACUUCUCAUUUCAGAGUCAGUGAUCUUUGUCACUUGACUCUGGAUCUGCCUUAUCCCUGAGUCAUGUCACAAGGUAGUAUUGUUGUUGUCAUGGCUUCUGUCAGACAGUAGCAGUACCAGUUGGAAUAUGUUGGGGAUUACUUUGAGUUGGUCACUCAGGAAUGCCUUUGUCUGUUGUUUGGUAACAUGACCACAAGGAUUUAGUUUUUGGAAAAGCCAUAUUGUUUGCCAUUUUACUGAGUAGAAAUCUGUUAAAAAUCACCUGGGCAAAAAUGUUGUGUGGGUCAAACAUGAAUAAGUCAUUUCUUACAUUAACUGCAACAAGGCCACAGGAGAUUGAAGAAUUUUGUUUUUUAGAAAUGACAAACUCUGAUUUUCAAAAUUAGAUGAUGAGAUUUUUCUAAACCUCUGUGCUUGUGUGGUUUCUGUGGAAAUGGUUUCCUCAUCAUGCAGAGCCCACCUGAACAGUGGCCUUUUUCAGCACCAUGUAUUCACCUCCCAGCAACCUCCGAGACUUGUUCAAAACCGUCCAGAUGUACUUGAUUUGAUCAUGAUCAGAGAGGCUCAGAGCACAUUAGAAUGGUUAAUGAUUGUUAUUACAUGCUUAAAGAGUUUCCUCUGAUGUUUUUGUUCAGCAGCUUGCCAGUAUGGUUACCAUGGUAAAACAGUGUUAAUUACAGUUCAAGUCACAGAAAAUUAGCUCCUCAUUUCCUCUUUUGGCUCGGGCAAAGGGCCAGAAUUUCUUGGGGGUAUUGGAUCCAGAUCCAUAUUCAUUGUUUGUAACUGGAAUGACAUGGGGAAAUGUAUGUACACUUCAUCAAAGAUGUGCUGUUAACCUUUUAGAUGCCACUCGUUGUGAAAACACUUUGGAAAGUAAAAACACUAGUGUUAAACAAUAUGUUUGUGCUUGUAUAGCAGGUUUUAAUAUGAAGGCAGUAUGUUGUCACAGGCUGCACUCAACAUGCCGUGACAGCUGUCCUAACAUACUUUGAUUUACAAUUUGCACAUGCUUUAAAUACUAUAUUAUGUAAUAUAUUGUUGUAGGUACACAUUUUAAAUAAAGUUUUGUGAUAAAUA